CGGUACAAUGUUUAAAAUACCAAGUUUUUCGAGAUAUUUCUCAACAAUAUCCCAAUGAUGAACCAUCCAGAAGAAAGAAGAUGUUGCUGAUAGCUGCCUUCACCUUGUUAUGGAUUGCCUGUUCCGCCGAUGACUACCCAGACAACAGCACGUACAGCACCGUUUCUGGCAUCGCGGCGUACCGCUCUGCUCUGACCUUAGACUGGCUGGACAAAGGGUCCCAGCAACGAAAGUUCGCACAUGCAUUCGGGACAGACAUCCCAAUACUCGCUAAAGACUUCGACGUAUCGGAGUGUAUGGAUUACAAGAGACCAGCUGCUGGGAAGAUCUCCAGGCUUAUGCUGGAACUGUUGAAAAACCUCGAAAGUGAAGAUGGAAUAAUCCAAGAGUUAGCUCAGACACUAGCUCGGAUCAUGCUGCUCAUGCCUACAUCGAAGUUGGAAGAGGAGCCAGAUUUAGCAGCACUAGUUCAGACCCCGCAGCUGAUGCAGGGCGAGCCCCAUGACACCUUGCCGAGGGUUAUGGCUGCGGUGUGGAUGCUGGCUGCAGACCCUGGCAUCACCAAGGAUAAUGGCUGGUGCCCCAUUGAACAGCUGACGCAGUACGUGGACUUGGCCACGCCUGUGGAGAUCGCAGUACGCAUGCGCGCUGUGGAUCCUAUCCUCGCGCGCGCACGCUUCAUACUAGAAGACUUUCUGCAGAGUGUCGCUCCUAUGAACAUCAGGAGGGUCCCGACUAUUCUGAUGAUGUCAACACCCAGAUCCGUGUUUAGCAAAAAGAGCCCUCUAAACGCCACAAAGUCGCCUGCGUAUGAUCGUUUAAUCUAUCCCCAUUUGGUCUCCAACGCGCCCCCCAUUCGCAUGGGGUUCGUGAGCACGGCCCAGGCACCAACCGUUAUAGGGAGUGAUAUCCUGCGGGACGAAGACCAAAUAUUAUUUACCACAUUUUCACCAGCAAAUGUAAACAAAUUGUCUAUUUAUACGUAUUGUCUAGCCUUGUGCUUUUUUAAGAUUUGA